AUGCAACCAAAUAUUGAGGAUACAGUUUGCAAAUUAAUGAGUGAGCUUGGCGAUGGUAAUUUAUCAGCAAUACAGUCCACAUUAAAGGGAAUAGAUCCCGGGAUAGUAAAAUAUUCAUUAAGCAGAUUUACAGACCAAGGAAAAAUAGAGUUUGGACAUGGAAAAUAUUUGGAUGCAAUUCAUUCAUUUUCACAAGCGAUUUCUGGAUAUAAAUUAGAUUUGAAAGACGAGAACAAAGUAGAACUUUCAAAAUUAUUAUCAAAUAGAAGUCAAUGCUAUUUAAAACUGGGAAAAGAAGAAAAUUAUAAUAAAGCUUUUCAAGAUGCAAAGGAAUGUAUUUUGCUCAAUCCGAGCUGGUCUAAAGGAUGGUACAGAGCUGGAAAAGCAUUAUACCAUCUUAAUAUAUUUGAUAAAGCUGUAACCGUAUUUAAAGCGGCUUUAAAGAGAGAAAGUGAAAGUAAUAAUGAGAAAUCAAUUAAAGAAAUUGAAAGUCUAAUAAAGAUUUGCGAAAAGAAAGCUGAUCAUGAUAAUGCAAUAAAACGAGUUACUGUAGAUUAUUCUAGAUUUGAAGAAGCUUUGAAGGAAUUAGAAAUUGAAGAACUUACAGAAAAUGCAAAUAAUAAUUCCCAGGGAGAAGGUUUACCAAAUUCUCAGAAUAUUAUUAAUUUACCAUCAAACUUUGGAAACAUGUUAUCUGGAAAUGGUGAACUUGCUUCUUCUAUUGGAAACAACGAGAAUUUUCAAUUGGAACUUUCUCCUGAUCUUUCCCAAGAAGAAAUUGAGAAUUUAAAGCUUUCAUUGGGAGGAUCUAUUUCAAUGGAUAAUAAUUCUGAUAACCAAAAUAAGAAGAAAAAGGUUAAAUCCAAAUUUAGCGAUAAAUUAAUUUUUAACCCAUCUAUGAAAUUUAUCAAAUCAGAUCCAAAAGAUUCUGAAAGCGAUAAUAUUAAGGGAAUUUCCAGGUUUCUUCAGAUUUCUUCAGAAAUUCAAUGGUUUAAAAGAAUAAUUGAGAAUUUCGUUGAUCAGUAUUAUUUAUAUGCGGAUAAUUGGAUUAACGUUUUAAAUAAAUUAAAUGCUAAAAAUAUUGUCUUUAUUGGUACUGGAUCUUUAAUUUUGCCAAUCCAUUAUUAUAAAAAAUUUGGAAAGACUAGUUAUAUUAUUACAAUAACUCAAGCAAAAUCAAAUUCUUCAAUCAUUCACCGUCUUUAUUCAAAUAUUGCAUUAUCCAACAAUGUUAAGUUUACAAACUUUAACUUAUUUGAUUCAGAAUUCUUGAAAGAUUUUGAAUCAGCUCAAGAAAACUGCUCUGGUGAAUUAGAUUCUGAGUAUAAUGAAAAUAGGUCUUUAAAAAUAAUUCAUGGAAAUAUUCAAAAAUUGAAAACUGAGUUUUGGGAAUUAUUUACUCCAAAUUCUAUAGUAAUUGAUCCAAGUAUUUUUGAGCCAGGAAUUUUAGGUUAUGGUUUAAUCCAAAACUUAAAAAAUAUACCAGUCAAUAUUAAUAGUAAUAUGAUGGAAAAUGAAAAAAAAAUUAAGAUUUCAGUUACUCCAAGUUUAAUUAAAGUAUAUGUUCAAUUUUUGAAUAUAAAUAUUCCAUCAUUAAAAUUAGAAAGUCAAAGCAUUUCUGAAAUUAAUAUGAAUAAACUUAAUGAAGGACUUUGGUCUCCUUAUUGGGAAAAAUUUAAAGUUAGUAGUGCAUAUCCGCAUAUAAAUUAUAUUUCAAAACCAAUUUUAUUGGGCCACUUACCAUUGGAAGAAAUGGUUAAUAAAAAUGGAAUGGAUUAUUUUACAUUGAACUCAAUUUCCAGCAAAGAGUUGACCAUUUCAAAAAUUGAAAAUGUAAAUGAGAAAGAUACUGAAAAUAUCUAUAAAGGAACGAUAGAUUAUUUGCUUGAACCAAAUACUCAAAUCAAUUCAAUAUUGCUUACUUUUAAAGCCAUUAAAGAAUUUGAUGAUGAGGAAGUUUUAUUAUUAGAUUCGUCUCGUGAAAUUAAUAAAGUUGGAAUGGAGUCAGUUAUUCCUCCAGCAAUAAGUUGGAUUGGUAGUGACAUUAAAAACAAUGAUCAGGUUAAUCCAGUGAAAAUUAGGUUUGAUUUCCAAAUUGAAGAAACUAGAAUAGUAAUUAAUCCCAAUACUGAAUCUUUUAGUAUGUUGAAAAAAGAGCAACAAAAUAAAUUAAAAUUACCAAAUAAGUUUACGACUUCAUUACCAAGAAGUGUUAUAGAAAAUUUAUGGGAUACAAAUUCCAUAGAAAUUUGGUCAAAUGGUUUAAUAAAUAAUUAUAAAUCUUCAAUAAUACAUAAUACUGGUGGCAAAAUCUUUGAGGGAUUAAUAUCUUCAACAUCUCCUGGAGCGAUCUUACCAAUUAUAUUACUUUUUAUAAGCUCAAAAAUGAAUAAAUCUACAAAAAAUAAUUUAUAUAGUAAUUGGAAGAAGAAUGAUUUCCAUUUUACUUGUAUUGAAAAUCUUCCAAAUGUUCAAGAUUUGUAUAUGAAAAUAAUUAAAGAAAAUCUUCAUCUUUUACUUCCUGAUGUUGUUGAAAAUGAUAUAAAAAAAUUAUAUAAUCAUGAUAUGGUUUUGAAUGAUAAUUUGGAAACUAAUCAAUCCAAAUACUGGAAACCAAUGAGUGAGGUUUCAGAAAAUGGCCAUGUUAUAAAUCAUCCUAAUAUAGAAAAGGAACACCAAGAGAAAUUAAAAUAUUAUGAAUGGAUUUCAAACAAUUCCUCAGCAAAGCAUAUUUUAAAUAGAAAGCUAUCUGAAAGAUUAACUUUUGUUAAUUGUGAUGUCAGGCAAAUAUUACCAAAGACUGCAAAUAUUGGUGCAAACCCAAAUAAUAUUAAAUAUUAUUUUGUUGAAGAAAAAGUUAGAUUAUUUACUGGUAUGAAUUUUGACCACGAUGGUUUAAGUGAAGGAAUAAUUCCACUUUGGGGAGCUGCAUUCAAUAAUGGAGUAGUAAGAAAAUAUAAUAACAAUAAAGUACCAAAUAUUCCAGUACCAAAUAAAAUCUCAUUUUAUGGAUUUGUUGCCAGAAUUGGUCCAAAUAUGUGUGACGAGCAUAAUAUUGAUAUAAGCUUUUGGGAUACUUACAGAUUUGAAGGGAAUUCACAAUGGAUUCCUAUUAAUAAUAACAACAAGUAUUUUAUGUCUGAAAUGAGCCAAGUUUUCCACAUUUUAACUUUAGAUUUGAAUUCUGAAGAAUUUUCAAAGCUUUCUGAGUGGAAGAAGGAUAUUAACUCAAGAAUAAUCAAGCAAGGAAGAGCCAAUUCAGUUGUAAUUUUCUAUGACCUUUGGAUUGAUGAUGGCAAUAUACUCACAACAAAUCCAUUACAUAAUGAUAAUGUUGAGAGGAUAAGCUCUUUUAGUUAUUUAGAAGAAAAUACUCCAACAACAACAUCUUCAUCAAACUCUCUAAAUUCCACUCUUAAUGAGUUAACUGAAGCGAUUCCAAUAGAAAGUAUUCAAAAUGACAUUAAUAAAAGAAUCAAUUGCCAUAGAACUACAUUUUGGAAACCAGUAUUCCAUAUGAUACCACAGCAAAUGUUUGAAAUUCAAGAUAGCAUUGAAUUUGAGUUCAGAUUAAAGGAUAAUUUUACCAAAUUAGCGUUCAAAAUUAAUGCAAUAAAUUCAAAUAACGGCGAAAACACUCCUUCUACUAUUACUUCUGAUGAUGCAGAAAAUAGUCCAUCAGUUCUUCCUCCAUUGGGAGAUAUUGCAUAUCUGCAACUCAGAGAAAGAUAUAAUUCAAUUGUUAAAGAAAUUAGUCCAACAAUUUAUUCAAAUAAUUCAAUGAUUUCUGUUCAAGCUUUUAAUGCAUCAUUGAGUAUUGCACUAAAUCCAAGUUAUUAUCAGGGUCAAAAUGCAAUUCUUGAGGAUGAUAUUCCUUACGAUAUUGAUUCUUUAAAUUGGCUUUGCCAGUCUUUCCUAUUGUAA